AAUCCACCCUAAAAGCCAGUUACAUCUUAAAAAACUUAUUUUCUGAAAUCAGAAUCCUAAUCUGCUGCCGCUUUCGUGCACUCGCAGCACACUCCUCUCCUCUGUCACAGUCGUUUACGUCGUUGUCGUUGCUCCUCCGCCGGUCGUCGGUCCUCGUCCUGCGGUCGUCCUCUUCCUCCGGUUGUCGUCCUCCUCCAUUCAUCGGUGCUCAUUGGUGAUUCGUCGUUGUUCCUCUGCCAUUCGUCAUUUCGUUCGCCGCUACUCCUCCGCCAUACUUCGUUUCGUUCGCCGGUGCUCCUCCGUCGUUGGAGGUUGUUCUUUCGUCGUGAGUCCCUGCGCGUCCGUGAUUGCUCUGUUGGUUCUGUGUUCUCUGCGUUCCUCAACGCCUCUCUGCGUUCUGGCGUCUGUCCUUCAGCACUCGUCUGUUGCUCAUCUGCAAUCUUCUUCUUCUGCGUAAGGAGCUUAAAGAGUAAAUUUUGGGGUCGGUCAAUUCAGCUUGAUCCUGUUGGCAUUUUGACUUUGGAAUUUGAUGAUGGUGAAAUAUUCCAGUGGAGUAAGGUUACUACAUCAAUAUACAAUCUCAUAUUGGGAAAGCUGUAUUGUGAUCAUUAUGCACUUUCUCAACUAUCUGACGAGAAGCUUGAUCUGCAAUAUAAUUUGGGGUUAAAUAAUUGAACAAAAGCUCCUCAAAUAGCGUUUCUGAUUAACCAUGGCUGAUUUCAUGACCUCUACCCAACGAGCUAAAUGGAUUUUCACUUCUCAAGAUCUGAUUAUGAAACAUCGAGAAGCGAAUCAAAGAGCAAGACAAAUUCUAGGGGAGUAUGGAACAACUCUAAUGGAAGUAGAUGGUAAUGGGUCUUUAUCGUAUCCUGAACCACGCAAUACCACAAAGGACAAUGCUGAAAAGCAUUCUGGGACAAAACCUCUUAGUAUUGAACAAGAAAAAUGUGUAAGGGCCAGUUAUGAAAUCUUGGUUCAGAAUAUAUGUAAAGGAUUCAACUUACCUCGCAAGGUCAAGGCAACGGCCCUUAUAUUUUUUAAAAGAUUCUAUUUGAAAUGGUCGGUGAUGGAACAUCAGCCAAAACAUAUAAUGUUGGCAUGCAUAUAUGCUGCUUGUAAGAUAGAAGAAAAUUAUGUGUCAGCUGAGGAGCUUAGUAAGGCCGAGGUUUCACGGGAUCAUCAAAUGAUUCUCAAUUACGAAAUGAUAGUCUAUCAGAGUUUGGAAUUUGAUCUUAUUGUUUAUGCGCCGUAUCGCUCAGUUGAAGGUUUCAUAAAUGAUAUGGAGGAGUUCUGCAACUGCUAUGUUGGUGAUGAUCAGCUCCAAAGGCUCAAGACUCUGCAAGAAAAAGCAGACUUGGAAGUUGAUAAAAUCAUGCUUACAGAUGCAUCACUUUUAUUUCCUCCUGGGCAGUUGGCCUUGGCUGCUCUGCGCAACGCAAAUGCCGUCCAUAAAGUUAUUGACUUUGAUAGUUAUCUUACGAGCAUUUUUUCCCGUCAGAGUUCCAUGCAUACAAUGUCCGAACUUUCUGAAUCACUGAAUUCUAUUGAUGAUUGGGUUAGCAAAUACGAGUGUCCUUCUGACAAGGAAUUGAAAUAUAUUGGCCGAAAACUAAAGUCUUGUUGGGGUCUUAGCUCUCAUGACGAGAGAAAGAAGCGGGAGAAGAAAUCUAAGCCCAAGUCUGAGAAAAGCUCAAAAGAAGCACAAAGUUCUAUGGCAUCUCCUGUAUAGCUAUAUAUAUUCGUCUUGUAUAGUUGCCAAUUUGGUUUUUCAUUUGGACAGGAAGGAUAAAAUGUUCUCUUAACCCACAGAUAACGUUUGCUUGAUCCUAGAUGCAUGACCUUACAGUGGCCAAGGAAUCUUUUGAAAACUGUUUCUGUUGGAUCACUGGAAGUCUGAUUUCUUUGCUUAACUUGUGUCCCUCAUUGUCAUUAGUGACUUGUUUGUGACCAAGUGGUCUAGUUUUCUCCUAAUCUGAUGCAUGAUUGUUUUGACA